AUGAAUAAAUAACAUAUUCCAGCAAAAGCCUAAGAAAAAAUAUUUGCUUUGAUCCUGAAACGGCCAGAAAAUUUAGUAUGUGCUGAUUGUGCAACUAAAGGGCCUAGAUGGGUUAGCUUGGAUUAUGGUGUAUUUAUUUGUAUGGAUUGUGCUGGUGCUCACAGAACUUUGGGUCCCAGCGUCACAAGAGUCAGAUCAACCAAUAUUGAUGGAUGGUUUUAGGAAAAUAUUGAUAUUAUGGAAUCCAUAGGAAAUGCAACAGCAAAUUCUUAUUGGGAAAAUACUAUGCCAAAGAACUACGUCAAACCAACUAUUAACACAGGGUUAGAUUCAUUAAUUCGUUUUGUUUAAGAGAAAUAUGUCAAAAAGAAAUUUAUCCCCUAGUAAUAAUGUUUGGAUCCAAAAUAAUAAUAUAUGUUAACCAAAACUACUGUCAAACCAUUCUACUUUCAAGUUGAAACCAAGUAAGAAGAACCAAAGGUGAAACUAGGUGAUUUAAUAGAUUUCAACGAGUAAUCUGACAUUUUUGGAGUAAAGGAAACUAAAGUUGAAAUCAUCCACGGAAAUAACACCUAGUAUGGAACUACUCAUUCAUUGUCACCAGAAAAAGAUAAGAAUGAUUUUCCUCAGACUAAGUAACAAACAAAUCAUGCUAUGCAUUCAUUGCCAUCCUUGGACAUUCUAAAUCUAUACAAUUCAAAUUAGUAAUAAAAAUAACAGAUGCAAUCAUAACAAACAAUUCCUCAAAAAAAUGUUAAUUAUGUUUAUUUGCAGAACUUAGGAUAGCAACAAUAGUAAUAUGGCUACUAGUAAUUCUAAAAUAACAAUGCAUAUUUCAAUUAGCAAUAAUAAUAACAAUAACAAUAAUAGUUUUAAUAAAAUACAUUUCAUUAGCAACAACCGAAUUUCGUUUAAUUAUAAUAAUAAUAUAAAUAAAACGAACCCAUCAAUAUUAUGGACUUGUAUCAUAGAUGA